AUGGACGCAAAGACCGGCAUGGUCCUCGGCUACCAAGGCCGCCACCCCUUCAGCAAGGUGAAGCUGACGGACCGGUCGUCGGUGCAGGAGCUCCUGCGCACGCUGCUGGACCCUCUGGAGCCCUUCUUCUCGCCGCACAAGGCCCGGGUCCGCUGCCCCGGCGCGACGGCCGUGCGCUUCGACCAGGCUUCGUCCGACCUCGAGGGUCUCGCCCGCCCGCUGUGGGGCCUGGCGUGCCUGCUGGCCGGCGGCGGCGAGUAUCACGGCACCGAGUGGUGGGUCGAGGGGCUCAAGGCCGGCACAGACCCCGAGAGCGACGAAUACUGGGGUUACCCCAGGGAUAACGACCAGAGGAUGGUCGAGAUGUGUCCGUUGGGUUUCGCACUGGCUGUUGCUCCUGUGUUUUGGGAUUCAAUGUCGGGCAAGGAGAGGGAAAACGUAGAGAACUGGCUGGGGAACUCGAUUAACGAAAAGAACAUGCCCAACACAAAUUGGCUGUGGUUUAGGGUAUUCGCGAACCUGGGUCUCAAAAAGAAUGGCGGCAAGUUCUCGCAAGAAAGACUAGACAACGAUAUCGAGCACCUAAACACAUUUUACCGUGGCGACGGAUGGUCCAACGAUGGACCUGAAGGGAUACACCAAAUGGACUACUACUCGUCCAGCUUCGCCAUCCACUUCCUGCAACUCCUCUACGCCAACCUGGCAGGAGACCAAGACCCCGAACGUGCACAAGAGUUCAAGAAGCGCGCACAGAUGGCCGCCCUCGACCUGAUUCACUACUACGACCCCGAGGGGCGCUCUAUCCCCUUUGGCCGCAGCGUCGGCUACCGGUUCGCCAUGGUGUCCUUCUGGGGAGCGCUGGCCUACGCAGACGUCGAGCUCCCCGCGCCGCUGACCUGGGGCAUGGUCAAGGGCGUCGUGCUGCGGCACCUGCGCUGGUGGCAGACGCAGCACGACAUGUGGAGUCCCAGCGGCACCCUGACCGUCGGCUACUCUUACCCAAACAUGUACAUGGCCGAGAACUACAACAGCCCCGGGUCCCCCUACUGGGCCUGCCUGGCCUUCAUCUGCCUCGCCGUGCCCGAGUCCCACCCCUUUUGGACCUCGGCCGAGGAGGCUUACCCGGAGGGACUCGUCCCACCCGUCAAACCCCUGCCGCACCCGGGCCACAUCAUGAGCCGCCUGGGAGGCCACACCAUGCUGCUCUCUUCCGGCCAGGCCUGCAGCUACCCAAUGAAGGGCACCCACGCAAAGUACGGCGGCUUCGCCUACAGCAGCGCCUUUGCCUACUCGGUGCCCCCGGGCCUCUUCACCCUCGAGCAGUACGCCCUGGCCAGCCAGAUGGGCGUGUCGGACGACGGCGGUGAGUUCUGGAAGGCCCGCCGCGUCUCCGAAUACUCGAGGCUAGAGAACAGAGGGGAGGGAGGCUCCUCCUCACCGGUCCUCGUGUCCUUGUGGAAGCCCUUCCCUGACGUCGAGGUGCGGACGCUGCUCGUUCCGCCAGAGCCCGCCACGCCCAACUGGCACCUCCGCGUGCACUUGAUCCACUCCAAGGGGAACAGGGACGUCAUGACAGCCGACGGCUCCUUCGCGGUGCGCAACGAGAACGCGACCAACGGCCGAUACCUGGAACCCUACGACGCCGGCGUGGGCGAGGGGACGCGGCCGCGCAUCAUUGGCAACUACGACCUCAACAGCCCGGACGGCUGGGCGACGGGAUCCGAGGGUGCGUUUGCCGUAUCGCGCGUGGCAGGCGCGGUGGGGAUUCGGGCUAUCGAGCCCGUUGGUGCCGAGGCCGAGGAGCGCCGGGCCAACAUUGUCAACGCCGAUCCCAACUCCAACCUGAUCGAGAGCCGGUCCUGCAUCCCGACGCUGCAGCACAACCUCAAGGGCGGCCAGAAGGCCGUGUACGUCUCGGCCAUCUUUGCCAGGCCGGCCGGUCCCGACGUCGCUGUCGAGUCGUACCUUGACGGCUGGGACACGCCGCCCGAGAUUCCCGCUUGGCUCAGAGAUGAGAUUGCAGCUUCAUAGUUAGGUUAAGACCGGGCCUGCUUGUUGAAAGGUUUGUCAGGGGUAAGGAAGGACGAGGGGGCUUUUAGAGAUGAAGGUAAACUCUCUGUUUGAACUCUUAUGUUUCUGUACCCUUUCCAAAAAAAAAAAACCCCAGGAUAAAAUCAAAAUUCCAACAUAAAAAUAAGAAUGUACAUCUCUGCAAUCAAAAUUAUUACAAACUGGUACCUGCAGCCAAGCAAAAUGUAAAAAUGGUCGCUGUAGGUCUAUCAAUACAAGACAACAAAUAACAGUGAACCUUCAAAAAAGUAACCCCUGACCACCCAGGAAGUGAGCAAAGACAAACCCUAUCCCGCCAAGGCAGUCCAGGCGACCCACCUCCCACCAUAGCCAGAAACUCCAUGUAUGACAUCGUAUUUUGCUUUUCGCUUCGCUUAACCUGUCGUGAAAACUUCAUACCCUUCAAACUCGAAUAAAGCCAUAUAUCCUCUCCACUACUUGGCCAUGACAUCGACGUAGCGUCCACUCUUCCGGGCCUUCUUGGCGCCAGGCUUCCUGGGGCCAGCUGCACUCAAUAGAUCAUCAAUGCUACUGGCGUUGCUCAUACUGGUGCCCGGCCGGGAGGGUGGUGCCAACCCUGCCUCGCUGCCGUUUGAUGCGGUGCGCUGCAACAUGGGAGGCGUCGUUCCCAGCAGCGAGGAUUGUGAUGCAUUCGCGGCCGCCACUGCCGCGAGGUUCGAGCUGGAGGCCGAAGAUGGGAGCGAAGGCCCACGGGGCGGCGCGCUCGAUCUUCCGCCGGGAGGUGGGGGGGCCAUCAUCCCACCGCCUGCAGCUGGUGGCGGUGGUGUCCCUGCUGCAGAACGUGGUCCGCCUUUUGGUGGUGGCGGCGUCGAUGUUGGAGUAGAGCCGGAAUCUGAUCCCGCCUUUUUGUUGACCCAGCGCUUGAGUUCCGGGUCAAAAUAAAAGCUGUUUUGCUCGCCCAAUUUGGCCCUGACGGCUUUGGGCUGUUCAGCAGUCAGAUCCUUCUUGGCAGAGCCGCCGCCGAACCAGCCUCCAAGCCAGCCCUUCUUGGCCUUGGCAGCCUUCUCAGCCUCGGCUCGUUUAGCAUCUUCUUCAGCCGCCUUGCGGAACAAUUCUUGGUUCUCUUUAUCAAUCUCCUCCUUGGACUUCUUGUUCGACGUCGACGUUGAUGCUAUCGAUGCAGAAUCAUCCAUGAAGCUCAAAGGUUUGAAAUCAUGCUUGGAAUCGUUGCCCUUUUCACCCUCGUCGUCAUGUGACAUCUCUGGAUCAGGCUCGUACGCUGGUGGUUCAUACGGCUGGAAGCUAGGUGGCUCGUAGCCUCCGGUAGACGAGGGCUCUUCGGCCUUUUGUUCAGAGUUGUCGUUUGACAAAUCGUCAUCAUUGAGCGUCAUCGUCGGGGGUUCGUAGCUGUAAUGCGGCGGUUGAUAUCCGUAUGAUGGCAUUUCAGGUUCCUCGCUGGUAGUCUUCUUUUCAUCCUUGGGUGACGCGCCAUAUGCAGAUCCGUUCCCUGCUGAAUAGUCAGGGGUGUAUGGCUGGUAUCCAAACGAAGGCACAGGUGCGGAUUCCGCUGGAGACGAUCCGGAGUCUCCAUAAGGUUUCGGCGCAUAAGGAGACUCGUUGUUGGACGUAGAAGCAAAGCCGUUUUGACUCGUAGCAGGUGAGUGUAGCCCGGUUGGCUGGUAUGGUGAGUAGGCAGACCUCUGGAUGUCCGACGACCUCCGCGACGCCUCGGGAGAGUUGCGGCUGUACUCCCCGGAGGAUCGCCCGGCAGAUGGAGCCCGUGCACCAUACGCUUGUUGCGGCUCAUAAGGAUUCGACGCGGCGGGUGCUCCAGGGGCAUACCGUGAGCUGGCCCGGGUGACCGGCGGUGGCGGGCCCUGCGAUGCAGGAGGUGCGAAGGCGUGAAGGCCUUGAGCACCACCGCCAAACAUCUCCAUGCCGGUGGCGUUUGGUGGCGAUGCCGGACGACUGAUUGUGGGCGUGCCCCCAGCCACACGCGCGAAAGGACCCGCAGCGCCAGGUGUGUUAAGCAUGCCGUUCUCGCCAGGCUCAGAAUCAUCACCGGCCACAAACUUGUUGAAGCGGUUCCAGACAGAGUCCGAUACUUUGCCCAUGCUGGGCUUGGAAAUCCACGAGUUCGACUCUUCCUUGGGAGCUUGCCUGAGGCGGUUGGCGAGGUUCUCCACAGCAGCCUCCAAGACACCGUGGUGGUACGGCGAGCGCCUGGUCUGGGAUGUGAUUGCGUGGGCUAAAGUCUCACAGUACUGCAAGGCCUUGUCGGGGAACCCAGCCUCGGCGAGCGUCAUGGCGUGCUGCAGCUUGUACGCGGCCAGAUGUGGGCAGUUGACAUCCUUGUUUCCGCCAGCUCCAAGGUAAAGGCCAAACUCGUAGACCUCACUGAGAAGCAAAGCCUCGGUCUCUUUGGCGAACUGAUCAGCCUGCCUCUUGUGGUCAGCGCCGACAAGCACAAAGUGCGAGUUAGGGUCAUCUAAGCCACCAAAUACGGUUGCGUUGCGAGCAAAAAGGUAGCAGAUAUGGGCAGCCUCUGCUCUGCCGUAACCUGCCAGGAGGUUACCCAGUGAGUUGAUAGCCCUAGAGUCAUUGUUGCUCCUGUUGCUUAGAACCAACCCGAGCGUCUCACGCCACUUGUCAAGACCGGCAAGGGCAUCGGUAGACUGUCCUUGGAAGGUGUUGGUAGGCAUCAGUUGAAGACCUGCUCUGGCAUGCACAGGGACCAGCUCAUCGACACACUCCUCGUGGUUCCCGGACAAGACUUCAUACAAGACGGCCAAGGACUCGUUGUUGUGCCCAGGGUAGUUCACUUCCUUUCGGACGAACUCUUGAGAUACCUUCUUGUACAGGUCUGGAGAUACCGUGUUGGCGAUGAGCAGAGCAUGGCCCCACAAUCGCUUAUCGGCGGCGUCCCACACUGCCUUUUCACGGUCUCCCCCCAGCAGACUUCUCCUAAUCUGCUCCACGACUGCAGAGUCAACAGCAUCAGAUUUCAUCUGCGUGGCGAAUGAUCCCUGAAGACCUGCCGAGUCCUGUCCCAGUGCAAAGCUUGUCGUUGGCUCCGAUAGAGAGUCGUCAAGGCCAGGAGACAGGAUGUUACGGACAGCUUUGUCAACUGCAGAAGAGCCCUCCAGGGUUCCGUCGUGUUCAAUGAAGAGUCGCAGGAUUUUCCAUAAAAGCACCCGUUCUUCACUUCGCUUAUCUUCCAGGGUGGUCUGACCGUGGAACGAAUUGACAGGCUUGUUCCUCUCCAGAUCCUCGAUACCGGUAGUAAGCCAGGCUACAACCUCCUUCUUCUUGGACUUGCCCCUCAGAGGGCCUGGGAAUUUUCCAAGACGCUCCUCGAGAGGUUGAAUCUCCUUCAUGCUCUUGAUCUUAACUUCGCCUGGGCUGCGAAGUAUCAUGGGCAAAGUCUGGUUGAUGCCAUACCUAGGAACAUCCUUAGGGAAUGAUGUCACAAUAGCGCCACCAACACCCCAUCGGACAAUCGGCGCGCCCUUCCACCUCUGUAACGGAUCAUGCUCGCGGCCAUCGGUAGGAGGGACCAGGUUGAGGUUCUGUGAGGCCCUGCGAGGUCUAGACGUCAUGGAUAUAGGAGCAGAUACCGAUGCGGGUGUCAUGGGUACGAACGAAUGUGUGGCAGAGGUGACGGAACGAGGUGAGGUAGGAUCAUGUACAGAAGACGGCCUAGGUACUGGGUCUGUUGAGUUCACUGCCCCCCUGCCGUACAAUGCACCAGGAGACUGAGUGUGUGACCGCGGCGGGGGCACAAAAUCGGAUCCAUGUGGUGUCAGCGUUGAUUGUGCUUGAGAUUGUGGCGUGUAGCUCGAUACCCUCUUUGGCGGCGACAAUGUGGCAUUUUGCUGCGCAAUGGUGACUGGGGGAGGGGGUGUUUGCCUGGACCGCUGGGACAUUUGAGAUGGCGCCUGCGGCGGUCCCAUUACUCCUUGGGAAGAUGGGCGACUGUGAGACAAGGGAGAAGGGCCCGACUGAGGAACACCCUCUUCAUCAACCUCACGGGUAGAAGGGAGCGAGGGCAUACGGCUGAGUCUCGGCUCGUGCAUAGCAGAGGCGACACGGCGGUCGGGAUGGGAUCCAUCUGCUUGACCUGCGACGGCUGACCUAGCACGAUCAUGCGAGAUCUCAAAGUGGGCAAGCGGACUAGAAGUUCGAGGCUGAUGCGGCAGCACUGGGGGAGCGGCUACCGAAUGAGACGGGGCGUAAGUAGCACUUGCUGGGCGGUUACCAGUCGGCGCUGGAGAGUACCUGUUUGAUGCCGGUGCAGCGGGUGGAGCAGGCGAGUACCUGCUGCCAGCGGCUGCGGGCGGUACGACUGGUGCCGUCCCGGAACCAGACUGCAUUGCAGCGUACGGGCUGACACGCUCGGGUGCUACGAGGCCGCCCGUAACGGUAGAGGUCGCAGCAGCAGGUGCGUAUCCAGCUUGUGGCGGCGUAGCCAUGGUCGGCGGUUGGCUGUAGGGCGUCUGGGGUGCUGCCGGGGUGGGGACAGGCUGCGGCUGACCAGGAGCAAACCCUGGAGAAGCCUGGGCUCGGAUUUGAGGAGGACCAGUUGCGCUGAUCUGGGGCGAUGGCAUGCCGUGCAGACUGGUUCGAGAUGCCGGCCUAGCACGUUGCGCAACUGGAAGAUCUGCAAAGAAGCCCUCACUCCCAGACUGAGACCUUUGGGGCGCCUGCUUUGCAGGCGAAACUGGUUGACCAUUGCGUUCUGGAGCAGGUGGUGACAUAGGGGCAGAAGAUGCCCGGGCACCAGGAGGGCCAGGCGGAGGCUGAGAUGCGCCUACCAGCGGAGACUUUUGCUGCACAGUCGGUCGUUUUCUAGGCUUGACAAUAUCAGCCGGGAGGUCAUAGGGUGAAGUGUAGCCGCCCUUGGAUUUGUCGGCAAAGCUAGCGGCUUUGUUUGCUUCUGGGCGCGGUGGAGGAGCACCAAAUGCUGGGGCAGGUGCAAACGGGGUUGCACUUGAUGGCUGACCAGCAGGCUGUGCUACAAAUGGCGUUUGGCCGGGAAAGUACUGGCUGGAGUUUGAGGGUUGACGUGAGCUCAUUGGCGUAACCUGUGCAGGAGUAUACCUUCCAUUAGGUGCAGGCGGUUGAGUAGACACGGCACCCUGCGUAGCAGAGUUUGGCUCAGGGGUAUCUUCAGCAUCGUCGAGAAAUCCGUCAUCGUCAUCCCCAAAGAACGCGGCAGGGUCGACCUCCUUUGAGGGAUCAUCGAGAAUAAACCCAUCAUCAUCCUCGUCGUCAAAAGCAGCAGCCCACUUGGCGGCCAGAUCUGCGCUAUUCUCCUGAGGUUCAGCCUCAUUCUCUUCAGCCGCAGCUUCAUCCGACUCGGCCUUGGGCUCUUGCUGCUCUUGGCCUUCGUCGAGUGGUUGCUGCUGGCUCCAGAAAUCACUAUCUUCCGGAGACUCCUCCAUCAUGCUCUCAAGACCUGUGUCAGCCCUGCUGGGCGAAACAAGAUCAUCCAAGGUCCCCAAAACUUGCAUCGUAGACUUGCGCUCCAGGGGCCUCUCGGGCAAGAAACUGCCAUCGUCCUCCGCGGUCGGUUUGCUAGAUUCACCGAUCUGAGCAAAGAAGUCAUCUUCACCUGUCGUGUCGUCGGCAAAGGGGUCGUGACUAUCUUCCGUUGUCUUGAUGGAGUAGUCUGGAGCUUGCUCCCUGGAAAUCAGAGGAACUCCCUCCUCGUAGCGUGCAUCGGGUGCUUCCGCAUCGGUGGGAGACGCCACGUCUCGGCGGGAGAACUGUUCUGUGGAACGGUCUGACGUAGAGUUCUCUGGUUGAUCUUCCCCGUCAAACAGCUUUCUGUCCGAGCUUUCGGCGGCAUACUUGACAGGUGAGGCUUCGCGAUCGAGUUCGGCCAUAAGCUCCUCAGCUUGACUGAUGGGCAGUAGACGCUCCGGACGUUGUGCCUCUUGUUGCGCCGAUUGUUGCAUGGGUGGUACGACUGGGAACGAGUUGGUGCGGUCUGAAGGGCCCAGGAACUUGAAGAGGUCUGCAUCAGUCUCCGGCAAACUCCAUUCUACAUCGUCAUCUCCGUCCCAGUUAGCCUCAUGCGCGACAGUACGCGCAAACGAGUCUGACGGAAGGUGUUUCGAGGGAGUCGAUUUCGCCGCUGCCGGAGCUGGCUGGGGGAUGACUUCGGAUUCUACAGCUGGUGCAGUCGCCUCUUGUUCCGCAGUGGCAUUGGUCUGCUCCAGUUCGGAUUCGACUUGGAUGGGUUCGUGCGAGGAAGCAUCGUUCAGAUUUGCCUUGGAGACAUCAGCCGCUGGCGGUGAUGCAUCUUCGGCAUGGGUCUCGGUAGUUGACGUCGCGGAGGGGUUCUUUGAAGGUUGUCUUGGAAUGUCAUGAGCAGCAUUGGGCAUAAAGGCCGGGUGCCAUGUUGAAUUCGCCUCUUCAACAGGCAUCGCGAUGCCGUGUCUUUUGUCAGGUUGGGUUCGAGCGGAUGUCUAGAAGUCGUAGAGAAAUUUGAUAUCAAGAACGUAACAACUGUGAGCAAUAUUGGUGAUCAGCACAUCAUGGCACUCUUUUUUUUUCUUUCUUUUUUUUGCUAGACCCGGCGUUGAAUUGUUUAGUUCAAG